CUUCAUCGUCUCCCGCGCACGGCUUAAACAGCGCAACCGCCAACCACAACACUCUCAACGAACUCCGCACACACCACAAAGGCACUGACCGACCGCACUUCUUUCUCCGCACACCCCCGCACCAAGUCAGCCAGCCAGCCAGCCAGCACCCUCGUUCCAUCGACAGCUACAGACACAUCCACAACCACCAGCAGUCAUGGACCGCUAUGAGAAGAUUGAGAAGAUUGGCGAGGGUACCUACGGUACCGUGUACAAGGCCAAGCUCAUCACAUCCGGCGAGCUUGUCGCCCUGAAGAAGAUCAAGCUGGAGACAGAGGAGGAGGGCGUCCCUUCCACUGCCAUCCGUGAGAUUUCCCUUCUCAAGGAGCUCAACCACCGCAACGUCGUCAGGCUGAUUGAGGUGAUCCACUCUGAGCACGACCUCCACCUCGUGUUUGAGUUCCUCGACUGCGACCUGAAGAAGCACAUGGAGGUUUCCCGUCAGCUCGCCCCAGACCUCGUGCGCUCGUACCUCUUCCAGCUCCUCAAGGGCAUUGAGUUUUGCCACACCCACCGCAUCCUCCACCGCGACCUCAAGCCCCAGAACUUGCUCAUCGACAGCGAUGGCAACAUCAAGAUUGCCGACUUUGGCCUCGCCCGCGCCUUUGGCAUUCCCGUCCGCGCCUACACCCAUGAGGUGGUGACACUGUGGUACCGCGCCCCCGAGAUUCUGCUCGGUGCGCGCCAGUACGCGUGCCCUGUCGACAUCUGGUCCAUUGGCUGCAUCUUUGCGGAGAUGGUGACCACCCGCCCGCUCUUCCCGGGCGAUUCUGAGAUUGACGAGCUGUUCCGCAUCUUCCGCUACCUCGGCACCCCGAACGAGCACGUCUGGCCUGGCGUCUCCGAGCUCCCAGACUUCAAGACAACGUUCCCGCAGUGGAAGCGCCAGGAUCUGGCCAAGCUCGUCCCCGGCCUCGACCCAACUGGCCUCGAUCUCCUCGAGCAAAUGCUGCGCUACGCCCCGUCGGCCCGCAUCUCAGCCACCCGCGCCCUGCGUCACCCGUACUUUGCCGCCUACAACGCCUGAGAGCUGCUGUUCUUCGCAGCGGCGCCACAGCUUCAGUGCCUGCAGGCAACCACCAAUGCACGAACGCAAACGUGCAUCGUGGUCAUUGUUCUGUUCAGGCUUGACGUGUGCAGUGUGAAUGGUUUUGACAUGAAAUCACUUUGCCGUGACGUUGACGCGACGUAGAAGCCAAUGCUAUUGUUUUCUUCCUUCCUAUCUCAGAAAGCCACAUGGCCAUAACACAAGUAAACUCGAUCCAAUCAUCAACA